GCUUAAGGCUUGGCACUAGCAGGAAGCUGAUGUGGCAUGGAAAGAAAACAUGAUAUAGUACUUGCUCUGUAAGAUAAACAGUGACUAUCAGCUCCUACUCCAGCACUGUUCAGCUUCUGUUCUUCCAAAUUUCUGCAUGGCAAAAGAGUCAGGCCUCCCUGUCAUGCUGAUGCUCACAGUCAGUCUUCAAGAAGAUGGGAGCCCAGCAGCUGGUCACAGCACUAAGCGCUCCUGUCACUUCAUUCUGAGGAGCAGUAUGAAUUGUGCCCAUAUCCCAGGGUAUGGAUCUGCUUUAAAAAUCUGUGGGUUUAUUUUACUCCCCCCACUAAUAUGUUAUUAAUUAAAUUGCUCGUUGGUUUCUGAAGACUUUUGGAAGGUGCAGGGAGGGGCGUGGCGAGAUCUAUUUUAAGCUGCUGCUUUCUUUAAUUUAUGCUCAUGAUAUAUUUUUACCAGCAGCACUUUGUGAUCUAACUGCUUCUUCUAAAUGUCAUUUACUUGAAUAAAAAAUGCAAUUAAUUUCUAAGUGUGACAUAAGCACUGAAAGUAUUAACUGAAUCACAAAGAGCUGUUUGAACAGCAGCUUUCCUGUGACAGGAGGGAAAGUUCAUGAAGUCCAAGGUAUGCUGCAAUACAAGUGUAGCACAAAUACUCAAAAUCACUGGGUUGCAGGUUUUUCCCAUUUGGCUUUCUACCAGGGAAAUACCCAUUUAUAAAUCCCAUACUAAAUAAAAAUGGGUGAGCACUCUUUGGUUAUCUCGUGUUCUCUGACACUGAUUUGUGUUUCUGAUGGAAAUCAAUAAACCUGUGCUUCCCAGCACUCCUUGAAGAGCAGUUGCUCAAGCACCUGUUAACCAUAUGCAUUGAAAGAGAGUUUGUUGAACUCCAGUAGCCUGGGGUUUUUUUCAGUAUUAUUACCAUCAAAAACUUUUUUGAAAGAUUGCUUGAUUCAGUUUAAAAACUGAAGUGGAGCUCUCAUCUUUCUGCCUGUUAAAGGGGUAAGGGAAGAAAUUUUGCAUUCACAUGCAUUUCUUGGUACUCCAUAAUGCAAAGUAUGUAAUUUUAACAGAUGGACCAGCUCUUGAUUUUGUCAUAGAGCCAGUUUAUUCAAAAUCAAAUGUGGGAGUGGACCAUACGGUCCUUUUAAGUAAUGAAAUGGAAGACUGCUGCAACUUACCUUUGAUACUGUAUAUUUAAAUUGGUGUUAAUUUUAAUGAUCAUUGAUUUGCAUACAACAGUGUAAAUCCAGAAUACCCACUGAUCCAUGGUCUGAACAUCUGUGAGCCACCAAGUUCCAUUCUAGUGGACGGAAGGUUCAGUUAUUCACAAUGGACCAAGGUUUUUUUCAGUGCUGAUGACUUUAUCCUGAAGAAGAGAGAAAAAAUUGCAAUUCCUUGAUUCUGCUGGGAUUGUCAUUUCUCUAGGUAGAAGUUUGUGUGCUUACUGAGAAUGUGCUUAACAGUGUCCCUCAGGAGGAAGUGGGAGUGUGUUUUUAUGUGCGUGUGAGCUAUAAGUGGGAGUGUCUGGUUUUUCUAUGAAGUUUUCCAUUUCCAAACCUUACAGCUGAUGUUUUGUUGUCUGUUACUUGGCAUCAGUAAUAAACAUUUUCUGGAGCUUCAGAACUAGCAGCCCAACCCCACCUCUGAUUACUUAAAAUUUACUGAUGCCUUUUCACUUACAGCUCUUAACCUGUCUUUAGUUCACAGGAGAGACAAGGUCUGGUUCUCACCACCAGAUGACUUGCAUACAACAUCUUGUAAUAAAAGUUCUUCAAACAACAGAAUAUUGGGAAAGGCCAAGUAUCAGCAGUGCUCUGUAUAUAUGCAACAGUGCUCAUAAAAAUGAGUGCAUCACUGUUUAUCUUGUUGCUAAGGUUGGAAUUGAUAUGUAACUCUUUGACUGGAUUGUUGUCCACAGUUCAUGGGCUUAACUUACUUGGAAAAAUUAAGCCUCUCUUAAAUUUCCUGUUAAAGCCAGGAGGGGCAGAAGUUCAGCUGACAUAAAACUAUGUGGAAUGAAUAAUCCCCUCUGUAGACUCCCUGGAGAAGGAUCUUUUCAGCUUUCUCUGUGGAUGCCUUCAUAAAAAGAAGGCAUGAGGUGUGGUCCUGGAAAACAGCCAGCAAGGAAUCCCUGUGUCUCAUGUGGCAAAAAGUGAAAGUGCAGCUAAUGUUAAGCAUGUCCUUCCUCACUGCUCUUUUUUGGUAUUGUAGAAGGCUAUACAGCUUUUUAGCACAGCUGCUGAAACGGUGGAGCAACUAUCUUCAGAGGCAGCUCAUAAGGAAUCUCAGCGUGCUGCCAGAAGUUGAUCUGCUUGGUUAUAGUGCAAGAGAAUGGAAAGGAGAAACAAAGCAGGCCAAACAGAUGAGGGAGGCAUAUGAAGAAUUGUUUAGGAGCUGUCAUAUCAAAUACCUCAGACAAGUCAGGAGGGACAACUAUAGCGUACUAAGAGCGGUGCUUUUUCAGAUAUUCAGCCAAGGCAUUCAUUUUCCUUUGUGGAUGAAGGAAAGAGAUAUAUUGAAGCUCCCUGAAAAGCUUUUGUAUUCUCAAGGUUGUAACUGGAUUCAGCAAUACAGUUUUGGGCCGGAAAGAUACACGGGUCCCAAUACCUUUGGGAAGCUGCGCAAAUGUAUGGAGGCGUUAAAGACAAAUUGGGCUGAAAUAAGUGCUACAAGAGAUCAUGAAGAAAGAGGAAGUAUGUGUAAUACACUGUUUUCUGAUGAAAGUAAGGAAUACAAACUGUAUGAGGCCAUAAAAUUCAUCAUGCUCUAUGAAGUUGUGGAAGCCUAUGAGCAGAUGAAGAGCAGGGAUGAACCUGUACACAGCCUUUUUAGCCUGCUCUUUGCUCGUGACUCUUCGUCUGACCCGCUGAGUUUCAUGAUGAAUCAUCUGAACUCCAUAGGUGACUCUGUUUGCCUGGACCAGGUUGAACUUUUUCUUCUUGGAUACUUACUUGAAGUAAAGAUACGAGUUUACAGACUGCAUAGGUUUAAUACUGAGGAAUUUCAAGUAACCUAUCCAAAUGAAUACAGAAGGGAAUGGAAUGAGAUUUCUCUCCUGACUGAGGAUGACCACUACUAUCACAUCCCCCUUUUCAGAACGUGAAGGACCAGUGACAUUUUUUUCCCUUUGUACAGUACAGUGAGUGACCAAUUCCACUGAAUUAGGCUUCUAAUCAGCAGCAGUAAAAUCUUGGGAAUGCUUAUUAAUGAUUACAAAAUGAUUUAUGGGUUUAUUGUGUAAACAUUUUGCUUUUCCAUUGCAGCUCAGUUCACCAUCAGUCAGCCAUAAAAAGAAUAAAAUUUAUUGCUAUACUAUCUGGGGAGAAAAAUGUGACAUUUUAGGGUUUUCAGACAAAAAUAAUUGGACUGCUUGACAAGGAAGGCAAAGGUUAUACUGAUUUUUCAUUGCUAGCCUAAGGGUUUAAUUCUGACAUCCAUGGAUGGGUUAAACUCAAGUGCCUAAAGCAAUGACUGCUUUUCCCUACUUCUGUCUGUCUCUAGCUAGGGAGGAUGAUCACAGAGGAUGGAAAUCCUGCGGUCCCACAGUUUAUAUUCCAUGUUAUUUAAUUUGCAUUGACUUGGGAUAGGAGGAUAUAAACUGGGGCUUCUGCAUGGCUGCUUCAAAUCCACUUGGCUUCCCUUGUUGCUGGAACACCUCUCUCCAGGGAUGGGUAGAGCAAGCAGCUGCAGGCUGUACUUAACUUCUGACAUGGGAAAUUGUGCUGUCUGCACACAGCAGUGAUCCCUGAAGAUGAAGAACUGUUACAAAGGGGGGAAAAAAUCAACACACAAGAAUACUGUGCCAGAUGAAUGGAAGAUCUCCUGUGUAAGUGAGAAAAGCACAUAGCUCUCUCCAAGGUAAGAAGAGCAGCGUUAAUAGGUCACACGCAACACCAUCACGCCCAGUAGUUGUGUAUGGCUUUGGUCAACUCCUUUAAUGGCUGAUGUCAGCAUUACCUGCCAAGGUUUCCUUUGCAAUUCAUCUGAGAAAGCUGUGCAUGGAAUACAGGCCAAAACACUGCAUUUUUUAGAAAAUACUAAUUUUCUGUGCAUUAUGUGAAUUCAGCAGUGCUGUAUACAUGUUUUAUCCUCUGAUUAUUUAUCAAUCUCCUUGCCUAAAAUUGCUGUCUUUAAUUUAGAUCUCUGUGCUUGAAGAAGUCUGUCCAAGACACAUAAAUGAGAUUUACCUUCCAUGGAAUAUUUUUCUCAAUUCUGUUUUCUAAAAGAAUCUAUGUGUUUUGAUUAUUUCAAAGUAAGGGACUUUAACUUCAGGAAGUAUUGGAUCUCGCAAAAUAUUUGUGAAAAGCUUACAGUGCCACAGGCUAAUCGUUGUACUGAAGAAGGUGGGAUUUAUUAAGCAACCAAGCCUCUCCUUUCCUUAUCACAGAGGCAUGGAGACAGGCAGGUUUGCUUUUUUAAACUGCAGGAUAAAAUCCAGGGCAGUAGCAAAAAUGGGAACAGGGCCUGCAGAAGCUAAAGCAGUUGCACGAGGUAUCUUCAUGGUAAUGCUUGGAGUUGGUGGAGAAUGCUCAGUUCCUUUGUGUAAAGGAAAGCUAUUUUAUCCCUUAUGCUCCUUUUAUUUGUGUGUGUGUUUGUGUAUAUAUAUAUAUUUAUAAAUACAAAUACCUGAGUUCUGUAUUGUAGCUGGUUUGUUUCCUAAAAGUUUGAGUUCAGUUUUAUUGAAUGAUUUGUAGAUUUUAAUUAAGAAGACUUGAUAACUGUAAUAAUUUCAUCUCAUCAAAACCUGCAUAGCAAGUACUUUUAUUUAUUAAAAGAAAGUUUUUUUCACUGAAUGAAAUAAUUUUCUUAUUGUAGAUUUGGUUCUGCUCUGCAUGGAGAAAAGUUAUAAUAUCUAAGUGUAGAGUAUUGUUAUGUAUUUUGCAUCAACAGUAACAUUUACAGUUAUCAAUAAACUUGUCUAUAUUCUUGUUUUGGUACAAACAGACAUAAAAAGUAUGUAUUUUUGUAGUGGCCUUUUUAAUGAUUAGCAUAUUAUGUGUGUUUAUGAAUACAAAAGCAUUACAUCUGAAAGUGAUAAAUUGUGAAAAUGUACAUUUUUGUGAUCUUGGGCAUAUUAAUAGUGGGAAUUAAUAAAAAUCUAAAACAGACAGUGGAA